UCUUGAAAUGAUGAGAAUGUUUUAGUCCCCUUUCGAGUGCCUAAACAGUGUCAAUUAAAUAAGAUUAUAAUUACACUUGUGACUGUCUCAUGGAGCAGAAAUACAUUUGUGAAAUAGUUUUAACUCAAAGUCCUGAUGCCGGACACUGAAUUUUCUACCUCAGCCUACGUGGACAGACUUUGUGCAGUAGUUUCAGUGUACAAAAUACAGGUACAUAGAUCUACUUGCGCCUUAUAAAACGACAUUAUAUUCACUGGUGCUGAAGGGAAUAGGCUAUAGCAAGCACGGACAAUGCUCAAAGGAUUUAUGUGAAAGUGACACGUAAUAUUUAGUGAAUCCGAAGACAAAGCUGAUAUAGAAUAAUUGAUUUUUCGAUAUACAAAUAUCUAGCAUAGUGUUUUCUACACAAUUACCUAAGAACAUUUGGUAACAGAUUUUUAGAUGCCGUGGGGUCUUCAAGCACCGAAUCCGUCCACUCAUCUGCAACAUUCUUGAGUAAGCGAACAUUUUUUGACAAGAUGGUAUUGAUAUUUGCUGAUUACUAAGCAUGGCCGUCUUCACUUUGUCAAAGGGUGAAUAGGAAACACUCGAACUGACUAGUGUUAAAGAAAGAUGGCCUUCGAUAUCUAAACAGGAUAGUGUUUAAGAAAAUGUAAUAUUUAAGGAGAUACUGUCUCUUGUGGUCCUCCCAUGUGCCCACUGCCCCUUCUCCCCCUCCUUAUGAUUAUAAUAUCUAAGAAGUGAGGGAGCUGUGAAGCUGUCCUUUAUAUUUAUGGAAAGUGGAACGCACACACGCAAAGGAAAUCGGAAGAAGGAUUUUAACAGGAAAAUUUCGUAGAAGCUGUGGAUUAAUUUGAGCCUAUGAGGUCAGUUAGUGCUGCCGAAAAGAAGGCUACAGCUACGCAGCUGCGCAGUGUUUAGCUCUUUGGAAGAGUAAGCAUAGAAAUGAAAUUGAAACAGGGUGAUAAGCUUCCCCUUAACUGCUGAAGAACAACACACAAAAAAAAUACAUAUAACUCACGACAUAUUACAUGUGAUAAGAAGAAGAAAAAACUGAAGAAAGAGAGAAAGCGAGAGAGAGGGAGAGAAAGAGCGAGAGAAAUACAGUGUGGUCGCCGUUUCUAAGUGACACCAAAUUCCAGUCCAAGUCGGUUGGAACCACGGAAGCACCUACGAGCCGGCGCUGGGGCGACGUCGUUCGGCAACAGAGUGAUGCGAAGGCCUCUCGCCCUUCUAAUUGAGUGGGCGGAGCAAGGAGUUUGCUGACGUCACGCUGGCCACACCCACCGCCAACAAGACGCCGCCCACGCUAAUUCCGCUGCGCCCGCUACGACAGCUACGCCCACAGCAGGCCAUGGACGAGGGUGACGAGGAUACGCCCGCAGACGCCCGAAUGAUGGGUGGAGACGUGGAGUCCGGGAGGGGCGUCGCGGGAGGAGGCGGAGGCGGGGGAGGAGGGGGCGGGGUAGUGUCCGCCGCGCCCCCGGCCCCCCCGGCCCAUCCCAUCAGGUCUAACCUGCUCGCCUCCUCCGCCGCCGAGACCAAGAAGGACCAGAAGGACAAGAACAUUAAGAGCCACAGCAUCCAUGGCAUGGGCGAGGAGGACCGCCACAACCGGCCCCACCAGGAGAUGGGCCAACUCACGUUCGAGGAGAAAAAAUUUCUGCUCUCGGUGGAACGGGGAGAUGUGGCGGGUGUUCGGAGGAUGCUGGUCCGCACGGCGGAGACCGGGAUCGUCAACAUCAACUGCGUGGACCCCCUGGGGCGGUCGGCGCUCCUCAUGGCCAUCGACAACGAGAACCUGGAGAUGGUAGAGCUGCUCAUCGAGCACAAGGUCGAGACGAAGGACGCCCUUCUUCAUGCCAUCAGUGAGGAGUACGUCGAGGCCGUCGAGGUCCUGCUCGACCACGAGGAGCUGUUCCAUGUUCCCGGAACCCUCCAUAGCUGGGAGGCCAUUCCGCCCGAGACGGCGACGUUCACGCCCGACAUCACGCCCCUGAUCCUCGCCGCCCACAGGGACAACUACGAAAUCAUAAAGAUCCUACUUGACCGCGGGGGCACGCUGCCCCAGCCCCACGACCUCAGGUGUGGCUGCGACGACUGCGUGACGUCACGGCAGGAGGACUCCCUCCGGCACUCCCGGAGCCGAAUCAACGCCUACCGCGCCCUCGCCUCGCCCUCCCUCAUCGCCCUCUCCUCCAAGGACCCGAUCCUCACCGCCUUCGAGCUCUCCUGGGAGCUUCGGCGCCUCUCCUUCAUGGAGCACGAGUUCCGCAGCGAGUACCAGGAACUCCGCAAGCAGUGCCAGGACUUCGCCACGGCCCUCCUGGACCACACGAGGUCGUCCUACGAGCUGGAGGUCCUGCUCAACCACGACCCGUCGGGCCCACCGCACGAACACGGGGAGCGCAUGCACCUCAACCGCCUUAAGCUGGCCAUCAAACUCAAGCAGAAGAAGUUCGUGGCCCACCCCAACGUGCAGCAGCUCCUGGCGUCCAUCUGGUACGAGGGCCUCCCCGGAUUCCGCCGCAAGAACAUGGCGCUGCAGGCACUCGAGAUCGUCAAGAUCGGCCUCCUGUUCCCCAUCUUCUCCAUCGUGUACAUCCUGGCCCCGCACACGGCCCUCGGCCAGACCAUGCGGAAGCCGUUCAUCAAGUUCAUCUGCCAUUCUGCCUCCUACUUGACCUUCCUCACUCUGCUAAUCUUGGCCUCGCAGCGGAUAGAGACCGUCAUCGUGGAUUGGUUCGGCGCCACGCCCACGCUCAAAAAAUGGGUGGCCACGGACGUAACCACCCGCAGAGGGGCGCCGCCGAGUCUCGUGGAGUGGUUAAUUCUCGCCUGGGUCUUUGGACUGAUAUGGUCGGAAAUCAAGCAGCUGUGGGACGUGGGGCUGCGGGAGUAUGUGGGCGACAUGUGGAACGUCAUCGACUUCAUCACCAACGCCCUCUACGUGGCCACCAUAGCGCUCAGAAUAGUCGCGUACUAUCAGGUGCAGCGGGAGGUGCGCGACAACACGGGCACGGAGAACCUACCCCGGAAGGAGUGGGACACGUGGGACCCCAUGCUCAUUGCCGAGGGCCUCUUCGCCGCGGCUAACAUCUUCAGCUCGCUCAAGCUGGUGUAUAUCUUCAGCGUCAACCCCUACUUGGGGCCCUUGCAGGUGUCGCUCUCACGGAUGGUCGUGGAUAUCCUCAAGUUCAUCUUCCUCUACCUCCUCACGCUGUUUGCCUUCUCCUGCGGAAUGAACCAGCUGUUGUGGUUCUACGCCGACCUGGAGAAGCAAGUGUGCGACGAAAAGGCGAGGAACGGCAUGAGUUACGACGACACAGACUCGUGCAUAGUGUGGCGGAGGUUCUCAAACUUGUUCGAGACGACGCAGACGCUGUUCUGGGCGGCCUUCGGGCUCAUCGACCUCGGCAACUUCGAGCUGGAGGGAAUUAAGCCCUUCACCAGGUUCUGGGGGAUGCUCAUGUUCGGCACGUACUCGGUCAUCAACGUCAUCGUCCUCCUUAACCUCCUAAUUGCUAUGAUGAAUCACUCAUAUCAACUGGUUUCAGAGCGGGCGGACACGGAAUGGAAGUUCGCUCGCAGCAAACUGUGGAUAAGCUAUUUCGAGGAGGGCGGCACCACGCCCCCACCCUUCAACAUCAUCCCAGCGCCCAAGAGCGUGUAUUACCUCUUCCACUGGUUCUUCAAGAAGUUCUGCGGCCAGACGAAGGCGGCGAAGAAGGAGCACAUGAGGACGAUAAGGAGCAUCAUGAGGAACCUCGUCCGGCGCUACGUGACGGUGGAGCAGCGCAAAGCCGAGAACCAGGGCGUGACGGAGGACGACGUCAACGAGAUCAAACAGGACAUCUCCGCCUUCCGCUGCGAGCUGGUCGAGAUCCUCAAGAACUCCGGCAUGAACACCUCCACGGCGGUCGCCACGGGUCAAGGUAUUCUGCCCCGCGGCAGUUCAGGUGGGAAGAAGAACCGGCAGAAGGAGCGACGGCUGAUGAAGGGUUUCAACCUCGGCGUGAACUCCAUCACCCCGCACCUGAGCAUAGCCAGUGCCACCGUGCUCCCGGCUACGGCUGAGGUGGUGGAGGCGGCGGUCAAGCGGUCGCCGGUCAACAAGCUGGCGAGGUUGGCGCGGCUGGCGGAGGCGCGCCUGGGUCGGCCCACCAGCAAGAAGCGGUGGGGGACCCUCGUGGAGGCCGCCAAGAACGCCAAAGUAAAAAAGUUGUUAUCCAGGUCCCGCUCCGACGAGUCGCUCUCCUCCGACCCCGGCAACGAGAUCACCGCUGACUCCGAGGAGGCUCGGGGGGGCUCCGGGACCCCCACGCCCCUCCAGAGCCUCCCUCCGGUGGGCAUCCUUCGGGGAGGCAGCGGUAGCGGUAGCGGCGGCGCCGGCGGCGAUGGAACGACGGAGGGCGGGCGGCGGGAGCGCGCUGGGCUGGGCGGGAGCGGGACGAUGCACCUGGACGCCGCCGCCCUCGUGAGCCAGCAGGACCACGCCUCGCGCCCGCCCAAGAACUCCGUCAGCUUCGACAGGGCGGCGUUGGGCGGGGGAGGGGGAGGGGCCAGCAGCAGCAGCCCGUCCCACUCCUCCAGCGAGGCGGACCCUCCGCUUCCGUACCCCUGGCCGCGCCCUACUGCGGUUACCGCCGCCGCCGCCAACCUGACCAGCGAGCCGCCUGCGCCCACGUCGCCGUCCUCGGGGGGCAGUAGCGCGGGCGGCAACAUGCCCGCCCUGCCCGUGAGCGAGUCCUCCGAGCCCCUGGUGGGCGGGGGGCGGCCGGCGAACGGCUCCGUGCAGCCGCCGCGCCUGCCGGGCAUCCAACCCGUCAACCGCCACAUGGCCGCCGGCUGGCUCUGAUGCUCUCCAGAUACAAAGCUGUUUUGGAGUCUAAGCACAAGUUAUCAUCUGCCCAUCUGUAAAUAGGUCGAGCAUCACCCCUGCGUCGGUGACCUGGCAACGCGACUCUGACCCUUCGACACUCAGCACAUAAGGCUCAUUUUCCCCCUUCGCUGUCAUGUCCUGGGAAAAAUGACCCUUAUGCCAGACUGGUACAGAGGUCACAAUCGCUUCUCGGAUCCUGAUGUUUCUCACUUACAUUGUAAAUAACCUAAGGUGGGACUGGCGGGCUCUUCCCAUGUUUAUAUGAGGUUUAUAAUGUUAAUCCUGAUGGCCGUUUUAAGAGCCGUUGUGAAGGCGAUGUGAUAGACUAAUUAUAUCUGAAUAUUUAUCCCUCCUUAAUCGUAUAUUCUAAUUGUGGAUUUAAAUUUUUAGAGAAGGGUUUUAUAAGAAUGUUGUUGUUGAAAUUACUACAGAUUUUAACCAUUCAGAUUCUACCCCACGUUUGUGACUUGUGAAAACUGAGACUGGAAAAAAAAACGCUCCACAUGGCACCCCAUCGUGAUUGGUGGACAAUAAGCCAAUGACAGUGCUUACCGAGACUUGUUGGAGUUGUGUCGACCAAUCAGCUAUCAGUAUUGCAAGCUCAAGAACGCACACCUACUUUUAAGAAUCGCUACUCAGAUUGAGUGCCAUUGUCACCUUUGUGUCCUAGAGACAUAGGGUACAUUAUCGUAUAACUAAUGUUAAUGUAUUGGACAAAAUGUUUAAUGUAAACACGGGUUCAGAUAUGAAAGUACACUUUAGGCUUUUAUAUAAAUACACUCUUCAUUUUCUAAAAUAGUUGACGGCAAAGAGGCAUUUGCACAAACAUGUUUUACGUUACUAUGUAAACAAGUACUUGUGCUAGACGUGAUCAUUCUACAGUGACAUUCUUCAACACUGCUGGUGCUAAAACCGUAAUUUCCAGGCGGUCGCCGCGAACGCGUCGGAGGCUCGACCGCCUCCAGCCGCACCAUCAGCCGACGGUGUUCCGGCUGGCCCCUCUCUCCUUCCUCUCUCAUUUUCUUCUUCUCUUGUAACCUUCUGAGUUGGAAAGCAUGCCGGGCCAUCUUCCUCUUCUUUUGCGACGUGUCAUGAGCGGCGUCUCAGGAGCGAACACGCGCCGAGGGAGAGAUGAGAGAGAAACGCUCUUGGUCGCGUGAGAACCGCGACUGAGAACCAGACGUCUCGCUGGCCUCGACCGGUCGACUUCCGCGCAUUUCGGUGAUUUUUUUGUUCUUGAGGGAAGGUCUGGUCAGGAUGUCGCGCCUCCGGGCAGGUGACUCACUCGCCGACAUGUGAGCCUCGAACUGGGAAGGAUUCCACACGCCUUACAGCCAUCAAGCCUCGUCGAGUCUUUUGCCCUUCUGUAUAAGUGAUACUUGAGAGAGGGGAAAUGUUUCAUUCUGUUUCAUAUUAAUAUUUAUUUUCCUCCAUUCAACAGGGAGAAUUGAAGGCUGAAAAUGUAUUUUCCUUUAAGAUGCGGUCUAAUUGUUUGAGAAGAGGACCCCGGAGAACCCUUCAGGGGAGACAGGGCUCUUCCCCGCCCUCUUCCAGGGUGACCCUCUAGCACCUGGACCCUCUCGGGCGCCGCAAGUGCUUUCGAGUUCACCUUUUCCCUCUCUGCGUGCAUUCAAUUCCGUCUCGCUUUGUUUAUUUUCUCUUGUUUUGGCUAGAUGGCUGCCACUUCAACUAGGUCGUUAGCGCUGAAAUGGCCUCGUUGGUUCUCACACUCUCGAGACGGCGAGCAGUUGUCUGACACAAGCCGUUAGCUUGGUAACCCCAAAGCUUUUUUUCCUCGGUGUUGUAGAGAGGAAGUCAGCCUUAUUCUUAAGGGAUGAAGAGGUAAACAAAAUUCCUCUAAUUCUUUCUCCUUACUUAUGGCCCUUGUCUAUAAGUGUAAAUGAUGCAUGCAGAAAUUAGCAACACUGUGUAAAUAUUUGCUUUCAGAUCUCUUUUUUGGCAACGAACACUUGGUGUCUCGUAUGUUAGGCUAACGUAUGGCUGUCAGAGUUCUGUGGAGAUAUACUUCUGUUGUUUUGAUCGUUGAUUUUGUCGCUUAUACCAAUAUAUAGCGCAUAUAUAUAUCGUAUACAAUAACUUUUUUUUUACCCACGUUAUGGUCGUUUUAUGUUUUUGGGGUUAGGAAUACUAAUGUAAUAAAUAUAUUUGUAAGGUACAGUCCGGAUUUAGAAAAUAAAUCGAGAAAUAAACAGUAUGUGUGAGUGGUAUCAAUGUUGCCAAAUUCUUCUAGAUGAAAGAAAUAAAGGCUUCUGUAGUGUUACCAAUUAAACCUUCGAAGACAUAACUUCUACACAACCAACUUGUAACACGCGAAGGAGAGUCUAAUAAUGUUCUGUAGAUCCUCGAGUGUCGACCAUAUUUUUAUAACAUUUGAUAUGAACCUCUCCUGAUGAUCCAUUUCCACCUCCCUUCUGAGGGCGUCGAUCUCUUCGUGGCGAUGCGUCUCGCUUGCCAAUCCUUCUUCGCUUUUCGCUGCUAGGAAGAUGCUGGCAUGAGUUAGGAAUUAUACAUACAUACAUACAUACGUAUUUGUGUCUAUGUAUAUAAAUAUAUAUAAGCGCACACACACAGUAGCGCACACGCACAAGCACACACAAACA